AGGCAACAGGGCAGAACGCAUCUGUCAUGUAGGCUUCACGUAUUUAACCACUUCCUCUUAGAUAGUGUGAAAAAAACAAGCCAGAACACUCUCAAAGUAAAGGUUCACAUACUCUGAAAAGACUCUGUAUGGACGCAGUUAAACUCCCAAAAUAUCCUCAGCCUCCUCAAGACGUUCCUCACCCACGUUCUACUGACUCAUUCAGACUCUAAACAGCAAUGAUUAAACACCUCAGCCUUUUGCUAGUCAUCCUGGUCCUGGCCAUUACAACAUUAAACACUGAAGAGGAGCUGAAAAAAUCUGGCUUUGGAUUUCCACCGCCACGACACGGACUCGCUCUUCUGAAGUGGUACGUGAAAGACUGCAUCGACAAUAACAUGAAGGCUCUCUGUAAUCCUGUAACUGGAGAGUUUGGGUUCCACGUGUUUCAUAAUGAAGGGAACCUGCUCCCUCCAUUGAAGGACAAACACACGUAUAAAUACUUCACUAUAGGAAACCUUCACUACCGGCACUCUGAGGAUCUCCCCUAUGAAGUGAGGAAGUACUAUGAUCCACAUGAUCAACGAAGCAACAUGGACAGAGUCCUUGUGAAGCUCAACCUGAACAAGAAUCAAAUUGAAGAGAUCUACAUAUCAGAGCACUAUAAUCCCCCCAGAACUUUUCGUUUAGGGGUCUCUCUCAUCGAUGAGCUGAGAUCGCAUACAAAAUAUUGAAUCUAUUGAAACAUCUCAGUGAAGUUUAACAGAGCAAGGAUUUUUCUCACAGUAUUUAUGAUUCUAAUUCUUAUUUCUUUUGAUUCAAUUCAUUUCAUCUUUAUUUCUAUAGCGCUGUUACAAUGAUUAUGUCAAAGUAGCUUCACUUAGAAGAUUAUUGUAAAUUGAAACAGUGUCAGUCCAGGUUUCAGAGUUGAAGUUCAGUUUGGUUCAGUGUGGUUUAAUUUUCACUGCUGAAAGUCCUACACUGAAGAGCACAUAAAUCCAAUUUAAGUUUGGCUGGAAUAAAAAAAGUAUGUAAAGUUAAAGUCAAAA